AUGGGAGUUCGAGGAGCAUUCCACCUUCUACUCGUGUGCCUGAGCCCAGCACUGCUGUCUGCUGUGCGGAUCAACGGGGAUGGCCAGGAGGUCUUGUACCUCGCAGAAGGUGAUAACGUGAGGCUGGGCUGUCCCUACAUCCUGGAUCCUGAGGAUUAUGGCCCCAAUGGGCUAGACAUUGAGUGGAUGCAGGUCAAUUCAGACCCCUCACACCGAGAGAAUGUAUUCCUUAGUUACCAAGACAAGAGAAUCAAUCAUGGCAACCUUCCCCAUCUGCAGCAGAGGGUCCGUUUUGCAGCCUCAGACCCCAGCCAGUAUGAUGCGUCCAUAAACCUCAUGAACCUACAGGUAUCUGACACAGCCACUUACGAGUGCCGGGUGAAGAAGACCACCAUGGCCACCCGGAAGGUCAUUGUCACUGUACAAGCACGUCCUGCGGUACCCAUGUGCUGGACUGAAGGCCACAUGGCAAAGGGCAAUGAUGUGGUGCUAAAGUGCUUUGCCAGCGGGGGUUCCCAACCCCUCUCAUACAAGUGGGCCAAGAUCAGUGGCCACAGUCACCCCUACCGAGCCGGGUCUUACCAUUCCCAGCACAGCUUCCACUCUGAGCUCUCCUACCAGGAAUCUUUCCACAGCUCCAUCAAUCAAGGCUUUAACGGGGACCUGGUGUUGAAGGAUAUCUCUGCAGAGGACAAUGGGCUGUACCAGUGCACCGUGGCCAACCAUGUGGGCUACAGCGUUUGUGUGGUGGAGGUGAAGGUGUCAGACUCCCACCGUGUAGGCAUGAUCAUCGGCUCUGUGCUGGGCUCCUUGCUCAUGCUGGCGUGCCUGGCGAUGGGCAUCUGGGGGCUCAUCUGCUGCUGCUGCGGGGGCAGCGGCACCGGCGGCGCCCGCGGUGCCUUUGGCUACGGCAACGGCGGCGGGGUCGGCGGAGGGCCCUGUGGUGACCUGGCUAGUGAGAUCAGAGUGGACGCCGAGGCGCCGGGGUGCAAGGCCAGCGGGCGCGGCAGCCGCGUCACCCACCUCCUGGGGUACCCGACGCAGAACGUCAGCCGCUCCCUGCGCCGCCAGUACGCGCCUCCGCCCUGCGGGGGCCCCGAGGACGUGGCCCUGGUGCCCCGCGCCGCCGCCGCCGCCGCCCCCGCCUGCGAAGCGGGCCCCUCCCCGGUCUACGUCAAGGUCAAGAGCGCCGAGCCGGCCGACUGCGCCCAGGGGCUGCAGCAGGUCAAGGACGGUCUUGUAGUGUGAGCGCGCGUGGCGCUGCGCCGGGCUGCGCCCCGGCCGGGAAGGAGGGGUCGGGGCUCUCUGCCCGCAGCUGGGGACAAGUUGACACCGGUGCUGACCUCGCUCUCCCGGGGCUGACAGGCUCUGGGUGC